AUGUCUGGAAGAAAUAUAUCUUGUGACACCCCAGCUGACCUUGGUCACCCGCGGGAAGCACAGGGACAGCCAUACCCGACCGAGCAGCACUGCGCGUCACCCCGGUGUGACCCGCAAGGCUCCGCAACCCGCCAAGUGCGUGCUGCCCCCGACUGAGGCUUCCCCACCAACCUUGCCACCACUGCACCACGGGACAUGGCUGCCCAGCGAGUAGCCAUCAUCGGGGCCGGUGCCUCUGGCCUGUGUGCCCUGAAAUGCUGCCUGGAUGAGGGGCUGGUACCCACCUGCUUCGAGAGGAGUGGGGACAUCGGGGGGCUCUGGCGCUUCGAGGAGCACCCCGAGGAGGGCCGCGCCAGCAUCUACCGCUCCGUCAUCAUCAACACCUCCAAGGAGAUGAUGUGCUUCAGCGACUUCCCCAUUCCCGAGGACUUCCCCAACUACAUGCACAACUCCAAGAUCAUGAAGUAUUUCCGCAUGUACGCCGGGCACUUCGACCUGCUCCGCCACAUCCGCUUCAGGACCAGCGUGUGCCUCGUGGCCAAGCGCCCCGACUUCUCUGCCACGGGCCAGUGGGAGGUGGUGACGGAGAGCGAGGGGAAGCAGGAGGCAGCCGUCUUUGACGCCGUGCUGGUGUGCACCGGGCACCACACCGAGGCACACCUCCCACUGAGCACCUUCCCAGGGCUGGAAAAGUUUGAGGGCUGGUACCUGCACAGCCGGGACUACAAGAGCCCACAGCCCUUUUUGGGGAAGCGGGUGGUCAUCGUUGGCACUGGGAAUUCAGGCAUUGACAUUGCAGUGGAGCUGAGCCACGCAGCCAAGCAGGUCUUCCUCAGCACCAGGCGUGGGACCUGGGUGAUGCACCGGGUGGCAGAUGGCGGAUACCCCUUCGACUUCGCCUACAUUAGCCGCUUCAUACAGCUCCUCCUCAGCCUGCUGCCUCAAAACGCCAGCAACUUUCUCCUGGAGAGGAAGCUGAAUGCCCGUUUUGACCAUGCGCUCUAUGGCCUCCAGCCCCGGCACCGGAUCCUUGACCAGCACCCGACCAUCAAUGAUGACCUGCCCAACCGCAUCAUUUCGGGCAGGGUGCUGGUGAAGCCAAAUGUCCAGGAGUUCACGGAGACAUCUGCCAUCUUCGAGGAUGGCACCAGGGAAGACAUUGAUGCCGUGGUCUUCGCCACGGGAUACAGCUUCUCCUUCCCCUUCCUUGAGGGCUGCGUGAAGGUGGUGGAGAACCAGAUCCCCCUCUACAAAUUCAUGUUCCCCCCCGACCUGGAGAAGCCGACACUGGCUUUCAUUGGCCUCAUCCAGCCCCUGGGUGCCAUCAUGCCCAUCUCCGAGCUCCAAUGUCGCUGGGCCACCCGCGUCUUCAAGGGGCUUCAGGACCUGCCGCCAUCCACCGACAUGCUGGCUGACAUCACACAAACCAAGGAGAAAAUGGCUGAGCGGUACGUGAGGAGCCAGCGGCACACCAUCCAGGUGGAUUACAUCCCCUACAUGGACGAGCUCGCCUCCCAGGUGGGGGUCAAGCCCAACCUGCUCGCCCUCUUCCUCACCGACCCCAAGCUGGCGCUGGAGGUGGCCUUCGGGCCCUGCACGCCAUACCAGUACCGCCUGCGGGGCCCGGGCCAGUGGGCGGGUGCCAGGGAGGCCAUCCUCACCCAGUGGCAACGUGUGGUCAGGCCCCUGCAAACCAGCGCCAGGGACCGUCCUCCCCGCUCCAGCACCAUGCCCCACACCUUCAAGGUCUUCUUCAGCAUCGGUUUGAUUGUGGCCACCCUUGUCUAUGUCUCGCUCUCUCCUUAA